GAGUAUCUUAUUAGGAAAAUUUGUUAUAUUUACUUGGAUAACAUUAUUAUCUGGUUAGAGUCUAAGGUGGAACAUAUUAGGAAUAUUAGAAAGGUUAUACAAGCACUCUGUAACAAAGGGCUCAUCUGUUUACAGAAGAAGACUAAACUAUUCUAUACAAAGGUUAAGUUCCUUAGACACCUGAUUACUAUAAAGGGGACAGAAGCAGACUUAGACAAGAGAGUAAAGAAUAUCUGUAAGUUCCUCAGACUGUUAUACUAUAUUGUAGUAUACCUUCUAUACUUAGUAGAGUACACAGUAGUUCUUUCCCUGUUUACAAGUAAGGAUUGUAACAAGGCCUUUAAAGUUAUUAAGUCAAUUGUUACUAGUAGGGAGUGCCUUACUACUAUAGACUAUAACUUGAGUGAGCAAAUCUAUAUAACUACAAAUGUAAGUGACUCUAGGACUAGAGCAGUUCUUAGUGUUAGAUCCUUAUAG